UCAAGAAACGGGCAUUGUCGUAUCGACAGCUCCACGACGUUGUUGCAUUAGGCACUUCCACGUCGUUGGUUUUCGACAAUAUUGUAAUACGUCGCGACAUUUUAACACUCUUAUUCGUUCAUAAGAUCUAUUGCAGCAUUUUUUUUUUUUCAUUUUUUGUCCUCUUAUAAUUCUACAUCUAACCAAGAAUCAACCGCCGUCAAUUUUUUCCGGCUAAAUCAUUAUUAUUAAUAAGAUCGAAUCGUUGUCGUUAUUGUCGUUGAUUUUGCUUCGAUACUCAUUUCAAAAUGGUCAGAACCAAGAACAUGGUCAACUACAAUAGAGUUACCAUGGGGAAAUCGGCUAAAAUGGCGGCGAGUAAAUCGACGUGUAGUGGCGGCAGCGGAGGUUCGUCCACAGCAUCAGCUUCCUGUGCUGGGCCGUCUACUCCGGGAAAAAACAAAUACUCGGGCGGAAAUCCAGUUCACCCCAGAGAGACGCCGGUUUGGCAGAAGGAGAUAACGUGCUUUUUCCAAUUGAAAAACGAAGUCCAACGAUCGGUCGAUGACGUCGACGAUGACGAGCAACCGAUGGAUUUGGAUACACCGCAACAGCCAGAAUCGUCGGAAAUGUAAAUCGGAACUCGUUUCAAUUUUUAUUUUUUUACAACAACUAUUUUCCUGUUCUCAAACCUAUCUGUAUUGGGUGUUUUUCACUACGAUCCUUUGGUCGAAUGCGAAUAUUUAUGUAAACUCGUUCGGUGUUUUUUUUUCUACUGCAUAUUAUUUUAUAUUUUUAAAAUACUUUUUAGACGAUAUGUUCCUACACGUAUGUGUUGUAAAAUCACGUUCGUGUUUGGGAUAUAUGUAAAUAUUAGUAUAGCAUAUGAAUUAUAAUAUAUAUUUCCUUAAGGCAAAAUAAAAUACGAAUUUCAUAAGUUGUAUGGUAUU